AUCAACUCCGAUGCGGGCAAUCCAACAGACCAUCCCACGCACUUCCUCGCGGUGUCCGAGUCCUGUGUUGUUGACCGUUGAUGCCAAGACUUUCGAGCUUUGGUGGGGCACAGAAGUCAAUUCCGAGCGGAGCGAAGCUGGGCUCAUGUUCGCGACGCUGCCCGUGAUCCCAGGAAAUUCAACACCCAACCCAUCUUAACCACAACGCCGCAAACGGUCUCCAGAUUUGACGGCCGCUUUCCUCCCUAGAACGCUUCCUACCACUGCCCCUGAUACGAAUACCAAGGAAUGUCCAAACGCCAGGCGUCAGAGGCCUUCGAGGAGCUGUCGGGCGCAGAAUCACCGGCGUCCAAGAAAUCAAGAUUCGACGACUACAACAAGAGCCUGACCCCGGUCAGCGCCCGAGAAAACGAUGAUGACCAACGGCAACCAACACGAGAGAACGGAAUUGGGGACACGGAAGAUUAUAUAGAGGAGGAUGAUUAUUCUGAGGCGCAUGACGGUGAGGGAAGGGCGCCGAUGAGACAGGCUGCGCCGACAGCAGGCUACGAUGACCUGUACCUCGACACCAUCGACCGCAACGUUCUCGAUUUCGACUUUGAAAAGCUAUGUUCGGUAACACUGUCAAACAUCAACGUCUACGCAUGCCUAGUAUGCGGCAAGUAUUAUCAGGGACGGGGCCCGCAAACGCACGCCUACUUCCACGCGCUCGACGAGGACCACCAUGUCUUCAUCAACAUGAGCACACAAAAGGUCUAUGUGCUGCCCGAAGGGUAUGAGGUCAAGAGCAAGGCCCUAGAAGAUAUCAAGUAUGUGUCAGACCCGCGCUACACGCGCCAGGAGGUGGCCGAGCUCGAUCGCAAGAAGCGCACCUCGUGGACGCUUGCCGGGAAGGAGUACACGCCCGGCUUCGUGGGCAUGAACAACAUCAAGGAGAACGACUAUCUGAACGUCAUUGUACAAGCGCUCUCCCACGUGUCGCCCCUGCGCAAUUACUUCCUCCUCGAAGACUUCAGCUCCUCGCCGGAGCUCGUCAAGCGUACCUCCAUCCUCUUCCGCAAGAUCUGGAACCCGCGCGCCUUCAAGUCCCAUGUUUCCCCCCACGAGCUCCUCCAAGAGAUAUCGCUCCGCUCCAACAAGCGCUUCACCCUAACCACGCAAUCCGACCCUGUCGAGUUCCUCUCCUGGUUCCUCAAUAACCUCCACCUCGGCCUCGGCGGCAGCAAAAGCAAGCCCGGCUCGUCCAUGAUCCAGCGCAUCUUCCAGGGCAAGCUCAAAGUGGAAUCGCAAGCCAUCACGGCGCGCGCCGACGGGCUGGACCGGCUGCGCUUCGAGGAAGCCGCCGACGUCAAGGUCGACAUCGCGCGCUUCCUGCUGCUCACCCUCGACCUGCCGGCCGCGCCGCUCUUCCAGGACGAGGAGUCGCGCAACAUCAUCCCGCAGGUACCGCUCACCACCAUCCUGGCCAAGUACAACGGCGUCACGGCACAGGAGCUCAACGCGCAGCGCAAGCGCUACCGCCUGAUGCACCCGCUGCCGCCCUUCCUCGUCUUCCACGUCAAGCGCUUCAGCAAGAACAAGUUCGUCUCGGAGCGCAACCCGACCAUCGUCACCUUCGACGCGCACAACCUGGACGUGUCGCCCUACGUGGAGCCGGACCCGGCGCAGCACCCGCCGGGGGAGCCCAUCUGGUACGACCUGGUGGCCAACGUGGUGCACGAGGCGGUGCGGGCCAAGGAGGACGUGGCCGACAGCGCGGUGGGCGAGGAGCGCAAGACGUGGAAGGUGCAGCUGCGGGACAAGGCGACGGACGAGUGGAUCGUGGCGCAGGAUCUGUUUGUGGAUAAGAUCCGGAGCGAGCUGUUGUAUCUCGGGGAGACGUAUUUGCAAGUUUGGGAGAGGCGGAGAGUGCCUUCACCAGCAACGGCGGGGAAGGGGAGGGUUUGAGAGAGAGAAUUAAGGGGUUAAGGGGGUUAUAGUGGUGAAGUAUACUGUGUACAUGCAUGCCAAGCAAAAAGAUACCAUCUAAAUAUGCAUAGUGGCCGGAAGUAUUGUGACAGACCGAGCCAUACAUACCCUU